AGAUUCGCAACCGAAGUUGACUGGACCAAGCCUCCUAGACCCUUCCUCCUUGAGAGGAAGAACCUUCAGAGAAGUCCUAUGCGGCAGCUCAAGAAAAGAGGGGAUGAGCGGCGUGGGCGUCAGGAGGUUAAAAGGAGGAGCACCGAACGGAAACACGGGAGUCGACACCAGCAGGAGGGGGAAUGUUGUUAAGAGUGUCGCGGGGACGUCUCGGAGAUACAAUGUGACGAAGAACGAAACGCGAGGCUACGAGAGCCGUGGUGAGCUUGGAGCCUUUGGAACUGGUGGAUUCCAAAGGCCUAGAAAAUGCGCCGUGGAAAGAUUGAGUGAAAGAUUGGGAGAGGGAAAAAAAAAACAAGGUUUUUUCCCAAUAAGAAGAAAUCUGACGCGACCAGCCACUGAUCAGCAAGCUUGUAUGACAGCUCCAACGAGAGUUGAAAGGGGUUGCGAGAUUUAAUUUCUGGGUCCGGGGGGAGGGAGGGGGGAAGGGCAGGAGGUGAGAGGUGCGUGCAGAGUUUUAACGACUUGGACGCGGAGGUUAGGGCAAAGGGCACGGCGUCA